UCGAGAUGUUUCAGAGUAGGGUAGUAGUUGUGGGGGGCGAGAAUGAUCUGGAGAGCAGAAGAAGAAGCAAAGAUCUUUCUCCCUCCAAAAAUUUCUUCUUCGUCUCUCUAUAAAUUACGAAAUGUCUUCAGAUAUUUCACUAUCCAUACAAAGAAGAAUCUGCAAUCAUCUGAUAUCAGCAAAAAAAAAAAAGAAAUCAAAGAAGAAAUUCGCCUAUUGGAUUGGCGGAGAGAGAGAGCUUCGAACGGAUUCUGAGAUAUCUCUAUAUCUGAUCAGAGAUGAUGAUGCCUAUGUACAUGAACUACUCAACACAACCUGGUCAAACGAGACCACAAGGAGGAUGCUAUCACCAAGAAGGGUUUGGGAAUUAUCCUCCUCGCCAUGUAACAGUUGAUGCUUCCUCGUCAUCGCCUGCCUCGUGGGAACAUUGGCCCACCCCAUCGCCUUGUUAUGGAGGCUGCGUCCAUGGCAAUGCUCCUGCCUACACUCCUUACUGGCCUCCUACUCCUUGUUAUCAUCCCCCACAAGCGCCGUAUCAUACAUGCUGGGGGAACCAUAACCAUCCCGGGUUCUAUCCUCACGCUCCUCCUUGUUACAUUCAUCAGCCCUUUCCUGUUGGUUAUUAUCAACAUGGGAUUGAGUCUGAGAAGGAUGUGGCCGGGAAGAAUUGUUGUACAAAGUGUUCUCCUCAGAUGUCUUACCCGAAGAACAACGGCACUGGUGUUGUUAUUGAAGAGCAUGAUGAGCCGGAUAUUGAGAAAGGAGACCGUGGAGAGGCUGUAAAUCAUGUCCGUUCCACCAAUUGUCCGUAUCCCAUUGUGUGGAUUCCUCAUGAUAACAACGCUAGGAAACAAGAGCAGGGUGGAAGUCAUAACCAGCAUCCUGCUCAUGUUAAAGUUCCCGAGACUGAGAGUAAGAAGGUGCAGAAAGGUGAUCCUAAGUAUUGGAAUGGUAGCUUUCCAUUGGAUGAGAACGCCAUCAAGUACUUGAUGCAGAAUCAGGACAGGAAUAAGCUGCAGAACGGGAAGACCGUGGAACUACCUUUCGAUAUCAGCAAGCUGAAAUCCUUAUUGCAGGGUCAGGGCCAGACCCAGCAGAACAAAGAGCCGGGACAGCUUCAGUAUCCUAUUUUUUGGAUACCAUCUCAGGGGAAACCGGAAAAUGUUGAAGCUUCUGAGAAGAAGGAGCGUGGUAACGAAGGGAGUGACUUGAAGUCUGUCUCCUCCUCCAAUCAUAUAAACAAUGGUCCAGUGUCCCAAUGCGACAAAGGGAACUUUGAGGGCAGCAAUGUUGUCUCGGAUGCAGCGGAGAAAAGUCUCGUGAGAAACAUCCCCGUGGAGAGCCAUAAAGAACCAAGAAAUAUUCCCGUCAAGCUGUUAGAAAACCAUCUUCCAGAACCAGCCAAGAGUAUUGCGAAGACAGAGCCAGCUGAGGAAACACGAAAAGACAAGCGUCCGUCUCCGCCAAAAGCAUCUAGGUUGCCUCCGGUUUGUCUACGUGUUGACCCAUUGCCGAAGAGGCAAAAUGGUAAAUCCAAAUCUCUUAGCCCUCCUAGACGUAAGGAACAAGCCUUGACGUCAGAAGAGACCAAGGUCGCUUCUCCCCCGACCUCUAAGAUGGUCGAAACAAGGACUAACUGUGAAAAAGCAAACAAAGAAAAGAAGACGCCUGAGGAAUGCCCGAAGCCAACAGGAUCAGAAAAGGAAUCAGUAGAAACCAAAUCUGAUCUGCAAGGAGUGAAAUGCGAGUUCGUUAAACCUUGUGAAGCAAAGGAGAACGAAGAGAAGCCUGCAAAGAAGACCUUUACAGAAGACGAAGCUGCUAGAGUUAUCCAAUCUAGAUUCCGCGGAUAUGAUGUGAGAAGAUGGGAGCCAAUUAAGAAACUGAAGGAGAUAGCUAGUGUUCGCGAGCAGAUGGGCGAUAUUAAAAAGCGUGUUCAGGUGCUAGAACUAUCCGCUGAUCGACACACUGUUGGAAAGGAGAUCGUAGUUCUGGGUGAAAUGGUGAUGAGCCUUCUUUUAAAACUUGAUUCUGUCCAGGGCUUGCAUCCUAGUAUCAGAGAUUUUAGGAAAUCUUUGGCUAGAGAGCUCUCGGACAUGCAGGAGAACAUUGACUCCUUGAAAAAGAGUAGUGUGGAGGAAGGGGCUGUAGAGGAACAAGUGGAUACUACUUCACAGAUCAGUGAAUGUCCAGUGAGCUUGGAGCACAGUCAGCAUGCAGAAGAGAACAACAUGGUAUCUGACACUAAAACGGAGAAGGUAUGUCUGCCUUCUCCGGAGGAACAUCUUACGAGUCUCGAGAACACAAUAGAAGGACAGCCAGUAGCCGAAGCAGAAGAAGUAACUGGGUUUUCUGAGACCUUGGCGAAGGAUCCUGAGCCAGCGGCUGAAACAGACAUAUGUGAAGCGGUCGUCUCGACAACCAUUCCAGAGAAAAUUGAAGCGGCUGAGGCUGUGUCACCAACCGAUCCAUCAUCAGCUGAUGGAAAUGAAAUGACAGUGACGAACAAGGAAGACAAAGCCAUAGUGGAGAACUUGGAGGAGGCAUUACCACAAGUGGUGGAAACAACCCUUGGCUCGGAAAAUGCUACCGAAGUCUCUGAAACUGUUGCCAAUGAGUAUGAGAAGGAAGACAGAAAGGGAGACGAUGAUUCCGUAUUGUCUUCGGAGAGAAUUGAAGCGGUUGAGAAUCAGUCGUCAGCUGAUGGAAACGAAAUAACAAGGACCAGUAUUGAUGAUGAAAAAGUCGUGGUGGAGAAGGUGGAGGAGCCCGUGCCGGAGUUGCUACAAGUUAUGGAAACAGCUCCUGGACCGCAUUUUAAAGACCAGGAAAAUGCUACUGAAGUCUCUGAAACUGCGGACAACGCGUCGGAGAAUGAAAAUGAAGACGAUUACAUUUUGCAUUCUGAGAAAAAUGAAGCGGUUGAGACUGUUGGACCAGUCAAUUUAUCAUCAGCUGAUGCAGAUGAAAUGACUAUUGAAGAAGACCAAGUCAUGGUGGAGAAGCUGGAGGAGCCGCAAGUGGUGGUGGAAACGACUCAUGGACAAGCUCUUGAAGGCCUGGAAAAUGCUAUCGAAGUCUCUGAAACUGUGACCAACGUGUCUGAUACUGAGGACAGAAAGGGAGACGAUGAUUACGUAUUGCCUUCAGAGAAAGAUGUGGAAUUCUCCGAGCUACCUGCUGGAGUGAUUGACGAUAGAAUGCAGCUUCUUUCACAAGAUUCGUUAUCAUCUCCCGAAGCGGAGAAGACUGUAGCGGACCCUGAGACAGCGAGCAAGGAGGAAACUAACGUUGGCCACUCGAGCGAUCAUUCCAGUGGCAUAGGCCAAGAGACACAGGUCACUGAACAUGAGAUGUCAGAAGAAACAAAAAAGCUGAUGGAGGAGAACCAACGGUUCAAGGAAACAAUGGAGACGCUAGUAAAGGCAGGAAGAGAACAACUAGAAGUUAUAUCAAAACUAACAGGCAGGGUCAAAAGCCUAGAGAAGAAACUGUCACAGAAGAAGAGGACCCACGUUGGACGUCGUAAACCCAACCGUGGAAAGCAAACAACCAAACAAGUGUCUGCGAGUUGUACUGAUGCCGUAAUGUAAAACAACAUAAACCUCUGCAAUUUUUGUGUGAUUUUCCUUUGUAUCCGUAUCUGUAUAAAAGUGUGUUUUUGAAGAUUGCCCUUCUGUU